AUGUCUGACGACAAGAUUGAGAACCCCGUCUCCUUCAGCAAGCUCCAGGAGCUCGAGGAUGACUUUGAGGAUGUCGAGGUUGAGCUCCUCCGCCAGCAGGCCAAGCUCACCGCCGACCUCUACGUGAAGCGCGCCAAGGUCAUUGCCGACAUUCCCAACUUUUGGCCCCUCGUCCUCGAGCAGUCGCCGUCCGAGAUUGACGAGUACAUUCAGCCCACCGACUCGGCCGUGCUCCUCAACUCGCUCGUCGACCUCUCGGUCGAGCGCUUCGAGCUGGCCUCGGGCGGCGACCCGCGCAGCAUCGCCAUCAAGUUCACCUUUUCCGACAAUGAGUACUUUUCCGACAAGACGAUUGAGAAAAAGUUUUGGUGGCGCUACGCCCGGGACGGCUGGGCCGGCCUCGUCUCGGAGCCCGUCCGCAUCCACUGGAAGAGCAAGGACAAGGACCUGACGCAGGGCAUGCUCGACCUCGUCUGCCAGCUGCGCGCCGCCGAGCAGGCCGCCGGCGGCAAGAAGCUCGGCGACGACGCGGAGCCCAAAAAGGCGCUGCUCGCCAAGAUGGAUGAUGCCGGGAUCGACGCCGUGUCCUUUUUCGCCUGGUUCGGCUUCUGCGGCCGCAACGUCUCGGCGGAGGAGUCCAAGGAGGCGGCCAAGGAGGAGCAGGCCAAGCGCCAGAAGCGCAAGAAUGGCGAGGAGGUCCCCGAGGAGGAGGACGAGGACGAGGACGAUGACCUCGACGAGUACGAGACGGAAAUCUUUCCCACGGCUGACGAUGUUGCCGUCUGCAUCGCCGAGGAUGUCUGGCCCAACGCCAUCAAGUACUUUAUCACUGCCAUGGAGCACGAUGCCCUCUCCGACAUUGACUUUGAGGAGUCUGACGAGGAGAUGGGCGACGCCGAUGCCGACGACCACGCCUCCAAGAAGCGCAAGGCCUAA